GUUCGUUUUCUCAUCUUCCGCUUCUCAAGUGUUAUUAGUUGACUAUGUCAUUAAACAUAGCAUGAUUAAACGCCGCCUUAUCCGACCUACAUAUCAAACGAAGAAACUGGUGGUAACCUUCACUAUGACCUCGAAGUUUAGCAAUCUACCCCGCGCAGCCACGGGACCACUGGAAUGCCCUCUCGAAAGCCAUGCCCUACUCCACAACUCCUAUUAUAAUAAAGGAUCGGCUUUUACCAAGGAAGAACGUCAUACAUUCAAGCUUCACGGCCUUCUUCCGCCCAAUGUGCAGACAUUGGAGGAACAGGUGAAGCGAGCGUAUGAUCAGUAUGCCAGUCGACCCAAUGAUCUAGCCAAAAACACCUUCAUGGCGAGCAUGAAAGCACAGGAUGAGGUCUUGUAUUAUAGGCUCAUCCAAGAUCAUCUGAAGGAAAUGUUUAGCGUGAUUUAUACCCCAACAGAAGGAGACGCAAUUCAGAACUACUCGAGGUUGUUCCGGAAGCCCGAGGGUUGUUUUUUGAACAUUAAUGAUCAAGAAAGGAUCGAGGAGGAUUUAAGUAGGUUUGCGGGAAAUGGGAAGAGUAAGGAUAUCGAUUAUAUUGUUGUCACAGACGGGGAAGAGAUUCUUGGUAUUGGCGACCAAGGCGUUGGAUCGGUGCUGAUAUCAGUCGCUAAGCUGGUCUUAACCACCCUAUGCGCAGGUAUCCACCCUGCCAGGCAGCUUCCAGUAGUCUUGGAUUGUGGGACAGAUAAUAAAGAACUGCUGAACGACGACCUAUACUUAGGUCUACGCCAUCCUCGAGUCAGAGGGGAGGAGUACGAUAAAUUCGUGGACAAGUUUGUUACCGGCGCAAGAAAGGUGUUUCCAAAUGCCUAUAUCCAUUUUGAAGAUUUCGGUCUCCAAAAUGCUAGGAGGUUACUUGAAAAAUAUCGGCCCCAAAUAGCUUGCUUUAACGAUGAUGUACAAGGAACAGGUUGUGUUACUUUGGCAGCUCUUAUGGCUGGUCUGCACGUCAGCAACAUUCAUAUCGCUGAUGCUCGGGUCGUAAUUUUCGGGUCUGGAACUGCUGGCACUGGUAUAGCCGAUCAAAUAUGUGAUGCUAUUGCAACUGAAAGCAGGAUAUCAAAGCAAGAGGCUGCCAAGCACAUAUGGUGUAUUGACAAGCCAGGGCUUCUCCUAAAGUCCCAUAAAGACAAAUUGACGCCAGCGCAGAUACCAUUUGCGAGAGAUGAUGCAGAUUGGACGGAUCAUGAGAAACUGGACCUUUAUAACGUCAUCAAACAAGUGAAACCGCAUGUACUGAUUGGAACGUCCACCAAACCGAACGCCUUUACCGAAGAAAUCAUCAGGGAAAUGGCUAAACAUGUGGAACGUCCAAUUGUUUUUCCACUGAGUAAUCCAACAAGACUACACGAAGCGCAGCCCAAGGAUAUCAAUGACUGGACCGAAGGCCGCGCGUUGAUUGCAACAGGUAGCCCGUUUCCUCCUGUGGAAUAUAACGGGGUCACGUACGAGAUUGCUGAAUGCAAUAAUUCCACCUGUUUUCCUGGCAUCGGCCUAGGUGCUGUUCUGAGCAAAAGUCGUCUGCUGUCAGACAAAAUGCUGGUGGCGGCGGUUAGGGCAUUGUCUGCGCAGUCGCCGGCGCUCAGGGACCCCAACAAGCCUUUACUCCCGGACGUCGUCGAUGUGCGUGAAAUCAGUGUGCACAUUGCCAAGGCAGUAAUCCAAGCUGCCAUUGAAGAAGGCUUGGCGCAGGAGAAGAACAUCCCCGAGAAUGACGCUGAGUUGGAGGAAUGGAUCAGGGCGCAAAUGUGGGAUGCGGUCUACCGGCCCUUGGCGAAACCAAAAGCAUAAUCUGAUUGCGUAUUAAAUUAUGAAAUUUGUCAACAUCACAAGAGAAGUGUGGCGAUUUCCUACAAAUUAGGAAUACGAACAGGCAAAACUUGCCGUCCGAUAGGGCUGAUGUCAUAGAAGUUGUGGCUGUGCUGGACCAUGUAAGAAAAUAGCGGUAACAAGCGAAGUAUACAAUUACAGCACAAUUACAUCGCCCUAUGGAUGAUUCUGCCUCGCACCGCCCUCUGCCUUGCCACACAGUUAAGCUGCUGUAAUAUUACUUUACCUCGAGAAGCGAUCCGUUCGAUCUGUGUAACAGUACCCCAGUUUGGCAAUUAGUAUGAAC